AUGUGGGGCCAUUGGCAGACGGCCACCGGCGCAGUGGCUCCGAUGGGAAUGGGCAUGGGCAUGGGCAUGGGCAUGGCCAUGCCAAUGGGGAUGGGAAUGGGUGCUCCGCCGCCGCAGCCUUCGGUGCCGCCGCCCCUGCCCGACGCCCCGCCCCCGCCGCCGCCAGCGGAUGGAGGGGGAGCAGCAGCAGGAGGAGCUCCUGGAGCAGCUACUCAACUCACCGAUAGCAGCAGCGCUACCCCUUCCGCUUCCACUUUCAACCCCUAUGCCAGCGGCGGCCAGGCGGCGGAGGGGGGCGAGGCGGCCGGGGGCAACCCCUAUAAGCAGUACACGGCCGCCCAGUAUGCGGCGAUGACCCCGGAGCAGCAGUACGCCCUGCAGCACCACUGGCACCAGUGGCAGACCUACCAGGCGGAGUACGCCAAGUGGCAUGCCCAGUACGGCGAGCAGUACAAGCGUGAAAUGGCCGCUGCCGCCGCCGUGGCCGCCACUGGAGGAGUUCAGGGCGUCCAGGGAGUUCCUGCUCCCGUGGCGGCGGCUCCCUCGCCCGCCGCUGCUCCCGUAGCCGCUCCCGUGGCUGCUCCACCGGGUCCACAGGCCUAUCCCGUGGCCCAGAAUUACUACCAGGCUGCCCCGGCUGCCUCGCCAUCCGCUCCAUCGGCUGUUUCCACCACCACUCCCAAUUCCGGGCCACCGCUGCCCGGUAAGAUCAUGGCCCAGCCGCAGAUGUACAACCAGCCGCCGCCGCCGCCACCGCAAAAGAGCAACUACAAUCAGCAGAAUCAGAGCAGCAAUGACUUGUGGUCGCAGCCGCCGCCUUCUAACCGAUAUGGCGGUCAAAACAACCAGAUGAACUACAAUAGCAACAAUGCUGGACCAUCGGACAACCAGGGAAGCGGAGGAGGAUUUCCCAAUCUCCAGCAGCCGCCGCCUUCGCUGCAGCGUCCGCCGCCGCAGCAGGAGAACCAGUGGGGCAACAACAACCAACAACGCGGCAACAACAACAGCAACAAUCGUAACUCCUGGGAGUCCAGUGGGCCAUCAACCGAUAAUUCUGGGCAGCAAAAUCGCUGGGAUGGACCUCCCCCGCAAAAUGAAAUGAAUAAUCGCUGGAAUGGACCGCCGCAGGGCAACCAAAACAACAGCAACAACAACACGAACAACAACAACGACAACAACAAUCGCCGCUGGGAUGGCAGCUCGAAUCAAACGCAGUCUGGCGGGGAUCGGGAUCAACAGAGCCGCUGGAUGAGCGGCCCGCCGCCUGGCGAACAGAACCGCUGGAUGAGCGGACCACCGCCUAGCUUGAGCGACCAGGAUCAGCAGGAUAAUCAGCAGCAGAACAACAACAACCAGCAGCAGAAUCCCCGCCAGAAUCGCUGGCAGAGCAACAGCAACAACAACAGUAAUUCCGAUAUGGGAAAUAACAGCAAGCAGAACAAUUUCCAAAAUAAUCGAAAGAGCUGGUUGUCAGCAGAGGAGCGAGGAGGGGGCAAUCCCAGCCAGAAUCCAUUUAACAAGAACUCCCAGUCAUCUGAUUUCGAUCAAGAUCAAUCCUCCGGCAAUAACAACAACAACUUUGGCCAGCAAAGAGGCAACUUUGGCGGUUAUAACAACCAGGGGAAUAGUUAUAACAACCAGGAUCAAGGAGGAGGAGGAGGAAACAACUUUGGAGGCAACCAGGGAACCCGAGGAAGAGACAACUUUGGCAAUAGCAAUAAUAACUUCAACAACAAUCGCCGCCAGAGCAAUCGCUGGGAUACGAAUCGCAAUCAGAAUCAAAAUCAGGGAUAUUCUGAUUCCGGAGGCAACAAUGAUUCUGGCGGAGGGAACUACAACCAAAAUCGUGGCAAUUUCAACCAGCGGAAUGCGCCAUUCCAACAGCAGCAGAAUCAGUCGCAAAAUCAGAAUACCAAUCAAAAUCAGAACCGCCAGCAGCAGCAGCAGCAAACUCCCGACUUGGACGAGGCCAGCUUUGACCGCCUGUUCGACCAGUGGGAGCAGCAGUUCGAGGACUGGAAGCGGGCCAAUGCCAAUCAUCCGGAUCGCGACGAGUAUCGCCGCUACGAGGAGGAGUUCGAGAAGCAGCGCCGUCGCAUUGCGGAGCGCAGGGAGCAGAUGCGUCGUCGUCGGCAGCAGCAAAUGGGAUCGGGAUCAGCUUCUGGAUCUUCUACAGAUCUACCCAAAGAAGUGGGAGCUUCGCAAACCGAAGAGCAGGAGGAUGAUGGCAAUUUCAGUGAUCAGGAACAGGGAUCGAAGUCCAAUUUCAGUGCUCCCGCCUUCCGUGGCAACAACCAGGGAAGGCAGAGCCAAUACCAACCAGCCAGCCAGCAGGAGUUAAAGGAAAAGCAGCCAGUCAACCCGACUAAAACUCCCCAGAAGGUGAUAACACCUGCUCCACCGGUGGCGCCACCAAUGGCUCCCGUUCAUCCGGCUUCCCUGCCGCCGCCAAGCGAAGUUCCGGGUCCGCCUGCUCCGCCGGUGGCUCCUCCUCAGCCUCCGACCGCCAGCAAUCUCGGAAAGCGUCGGCAAACGGCCAAUCCCGCACCCACUCCCACGCCCGCCAAGCAGGUGAAGCAGGAGGAGGAGCCCAUCUUCACGAUUUCCCUCGACGACGACGACGAUACGGACGAGGAUGAGCUGCCCGCCGCCGCCGCCGCUGCCGAGACGCCCAUGGGCAGCAUUUUCAAGAAGAGCGAUGGCAUUCCGGGCCUGGAUUUGGUGGAGGCGGAGCAGGGAGAAUCUACCGAAGCUCCAGUCGCUGCCAACAAGAAUGAAUCCCUGAGCAACGUCCUAAAAGACCCGAAUUUCCUCAACAAUCUCACCCAGGCUGUGGCCAAUGUCCAGGAGCGCGAGCAGCGCGAUCGCCAGCAGCAGCAGCAGCAGCAGGGACAGGAUGCUCCUCCGGAUCAGGAGAGGGGCAAAGAUGGACGCCCACUGUCCUUUGCCGAGUGGCAGCGCAAGAAGAACGGCGGGAAUGACAACAAAUCGCAGGAUUCCCGCGAUUCAAUGAGUCCCAGUGUGGCGGAGAAGCCGGAGGCAGGCGGACCAGGUGGUAAUACCAAUCCGAAUCCUCGUUCUCGUCCAAAUUCGGGACCAGGUCAUGGACCCCCCAACGAUGGACCCCCUCGCUUUGACAACUUUGGACCGAACCAAGUGCCCGGCGGCAAUUUCAUGGACUUUGAGGGACCCAAUGGUCCUGGUCCUGGUUUUGGUCCGCCCGGGCGGAACUUUGGGCCACGUGGACCCAACUUUGGUCCCGGUCCGGGUAACAACUUUGGACCCGGACCCUUUGGACCCGGAGGACCGCAUUUUGGACCCGGUCCCGGGCCGAAUUUCCGCAACAAUGGCCCCAAUUUUAAUCCCAACUUUGGACCGAACUUUGGACCCGGAGGUCCUCGCAACUUUGGACCACGUGGCGGUCCCUUUGGCGGUCCGCGACGCGAUGACUUUGGUGGCCCGCCUUUCGGGGGACCCAACUUUGGACCAGGAGGACCUGGAGGACCCAACCAGCGGGGAUUCAACGGACCAGGAGGACCAGGAGGACCCGCACCCAACAGUGAUAAUCCCUUCCGCCGGCAGGGCGGACCACCGGGUCCCAAUUUUGGCGACGAUGAUCUGGGCGCUGGGCCACCAAGAGGACCCAGGAAUUUCCCCAACCGCAACAGCUUCGGAAAUGCAGGAGGACCGGGAAAUAACCAAAACAACAAUCGGAACAAAAACUGGAAUGAUGGGCCGGAGCAACAGCAGCAACAAUUCCCCAACAACAACAACAAUAGCCACCCAAACGAGCCCAUCUAUCGACCGAUGAAGGUGUUCGACUAUUCCAAUAACCCACCUGCCGCCAAGGUGAUCGAUUAUGGCCACAAGUCGGGCGACGGAAACCCCAUCGAUGGGCCUUCCGGCGGAAGUGCAGUGCCCGCCGAUAGGAUGCCGGAUUUCAGACCCGUGAAGACCUUCGAGUAUGGCCACUCCUCGAAUCGCAUGGGAAUGCCAGGAGUAAUGGGAAUGGGAAUGGGAGGAGGUCCAAAUCAAGGAAUGACAGGUGGACCAGGAGGACCGGGAGGACCAGGAGGACCGGGAGGAGCUCCUAAUAGCAAGCGAAAGAAUAAGAAAAAGAACAAACAGCAAAAAAGGGAGGAGCGCAUUCAGUUCCAUCAAAACCGACAGUUGCAAUCGAUUGCGGUUGACGAGUGCACCUCGUCGAAUCCCGGACAGGAUGAGCAGCAACAGCAGCAGCAGCAGCAACAGGCACAGGAUGAGUUCCAGGAUCAGGGCGAUGAGUGCCCAUCAAAUAAUGAGCCCAAUGAUCUCGAGGAUAUUUCCGAUGGAGAGGACAAUCUAACGCCACUGGAUUGCGAUGAUGAUGACAACGAAGCUCUGCCGCCGCCGCCCUCAAUGAGCCGCUGGAAUCAGGGAAAUGCCCCCGAGCAGUUCAAUCAAAAUCCCUUCAAUCCAUUUCCCGCCCGUCAAUUUGGCGGCGGAAUUGAUGGAUCGGCUCCGCCGCCGCCAACCAUGUCACUUUUUCCCUCGGCCGCCAAUGCGAAUGAAAAAGUACCCAAUCCGGUGACGUCCACGCAUCUGGAGAUGUCGGUGCCGACCAGCGAGAAUCGCAAUACCAUCUCCGUGGACGAGGUGCUUAUGAAUCCCGGCCGCCAGACGCGUCCCAAGCGCAUCUGCAUCAUUUUGCGCGGUCCUCCCGGCUGCGGCAAGUCGCAUGUGGCGCGUCUCAUCAAGGAAAAGGAGCUGGAAAUGGGCGGUGCCAAUCCACGGAUCCUGUCCAUCGAUGACUACUUCAUCAUCGAGAACGACUACGUGGAGAAGUGUCCCAAGACGGGCAAGAAGAUACCCAAGAAGGAGAUACUGUACGAGUACGACGACAGCAUGGAGGAGACCUACAUGCAGUAUCUAAUCAAGUCCUUCAAGAAGACGCUCAGUGAUAAUCUGUACGAUUUUAUAAUUGUGGACUGCAACAACAACUCGCUGCGCACACUGAAUGAAUUUUAUUGCCACGCCAAAGACUCGAACUUUGUGCCCUACAUAGUGGAUCUGCACUGCGAUCUGGAGACAUGCCUCGGCAGAAACUCGCAUCAGCGCACCGAGGACGAGAUCCGCGUGGUGCUGGACAACUGGUGCAACACGCCGCUGCAGUACAUCAAGCUGGACGUGAGCACGCUGCUCGAGAACGUCGUCGAGAUGGAGGAUGUGGAGGAUAUGGCUACGGACGAUAAUGCAUGCGCCGACGAUGGGGAGACCGCGGGAGCAGCAGCAGCAUCCGAGGAUGCGGCUGUCGAGGAGACGGACGACAGCAAUAGCGCCGACGCCUCCAACGAUUGCGGCUUCCUGAAAAGCAAAUGGGAAUGUGACACCACCGAGGACAAUCUGGCCCGCUUGGAUGGCACCAAGCGUCUAAUGCAGAACCGCCGGACCGCCAGCAUGGCCGACUAUCUGCAGCUGGAGGAUUGGGAACCACCCAGGACCUCAGCCAAUGGAAAGAAGCGCGUUCGCUGGGCGGAUAUCGAGGAGAAGCGCUCGCAGGAGAAGAUGCGAGCCAUCGGCUUUGUGGUGGGUCAGACCGACUGGAACCGCAUGAUGGACCCCAAUGCGGGAAGUCGGGCCCUGAAUAAAACCAAGUACAUCGAGCGCAUCAAGCGUCGCUAGACGCCAAUUACAGCCACGCAACUGAGACAGACAGAAAAAAAAUAACAAACAAAAAACUCGCGUCAUUUCCACUAACCAAAACAAAAAAGCGCAGGCCAUUUCCAUUUCCACAUACAUACUAUAUGCAUAUGGGGACCGC